AUAAAUUAAUUUUACUGAGCGCCCUACUCGGAAAAAUAUUGCUGUAGCUUUUGUAACUAACUUAGUUACCUUUAAAGUAAUUUAUAUUUUUAAGUUUUACUGUUUUUUAUAAACAUUAUUCGGAACAUUGAUAUUUUGCUUCUUGGUAAAUCAUGUCUAUCUUAAUGCAAUGCUCCAAGCAAAUACGUACCGCUUUUGUUUUAAGUCGCCAUCGGAUUAGUAACACUUUAAUUACAUCCUCUAAUAAUUCUAAUGGGUCUCAAAAACCACAAAAUGAAAAAUUCACUGGAAUUACUACUCAUUACAAUAACAACUUACUUCCAAGCCGUAGAUCAUUUUUCUCAUCUACAAUUCAUCAUUCGACUUCCGUGAAAAAUGUUGAUAAACAAAUAAAAAAACUUGAUGAAGAUGUCCGUAAAUUUGGUCGUAUAUCUAAACGUGAACUAGAAAGCAUUCUUAAAGAAAUAGAAGAAAACAAAUCAGCAACAUCUUCUCAGUCAUUACUUAUUAUAAGAUGCUGUGGAACUUUAUUACCAGAUGAAUUACCUGAAAAUCGAACAAAGUUAGUGCAAAAAAUAUGGACAACAUUGAAUAAUUUAGAUGUUCCAAUGGAUAUAAGUCACUACAAUACAUUAUUAAAAGUAUAUUUGGAAAACGAUUAUCAGUUUUCACCUACAGAUUUUAUAGAAGACUUAAAUAGCAAAGGAAUAGUACCAAAUCGUGUUACUUAUCAACAUUUAGUAACUGCUUUUUGUAAAAAAGGUGAUAUUGAAGGUGCAAGUCGCAUACUAGAAUACAUGCGUGAUAAACAACUUCCAAUUAAUCAAGUAGUAUUUAAUGCAUUGGUUUUGGGACAUUCACAAAAUGGGGACAUGGAUAGUGCACAAGAUGUACUCAACAUUAUGAAAGAAUCCAAACUUGAGCCAUCUUCUGAAACAUAUUCAUUAUUAGCAUCUGGCUUUGCUAAAAAAGGAGAUAUUGAAAAAGUUCAUGAGAUUUUAAGUAGUUGUAAAAAUCAUGAUGUUUAUUUGACACAUAAUGAUUAUUUUGAUAUUGUACAUUCAUUGGCUGUAAAUGGUCACAGAGAUAAAAUAGAUGAGAUUUUGAAUCAAAUGCAUAAAACAACAGGUUAUAAUCAAGAUGCUAUAAACUGUAUAUAUAAGUUAAUUACAGCUGGUGAAAUUGAAUGUGCUAUUAAAGUAUUUGAGUCAAUGAAAAAACCUACUAACAUUGAAGGAUCACCAUCAAUUGGACGAUUUUUUAUUGCACAUUUAACUAAAAUCAACUGUCCCGUAAACAAAAUAAUUAAUUUUUGUCAAAAACUUGUGGAUGAAGGAUCUAAUCCAAGAGCUUUUGAGUAUGCUACUGAAAUGGCAUUAAAGAAUGGUUCUGUUAAUAUAGCGUUAGGAUUAUUUGAAUAUAUGAAGCAAAAAGAGCAAUCAUUGAGACAACAUUAUUUCUGGCCCUUAUUAGUAUCUAAAAACAAACAAAAUGAUUUGAAUGGGUUAAAUGAUUUGUUAUCAAUAAUGAUAAAUUCUUAUAAUUUAUCUCCAAAUAUUGAUACCCUUAGGCACUAUGUUUUACCUUUAUUAUUUAAAAAUAAUCUAAGUGGAGUCCAAAUCAUAAGUAACUUACAGUUAGUAGGUAUUCCUUCGGGUACUAGCACUCAUGCUUUAGUUCUAUACUUAUUAUCAAAUAAUGAAAUUCGCCAAGCAGCUGAUAUAGCUGCUACCCACAGAGCUUUCUACUUACCAAAUAUAAUCCGUCAGCCAUUAGUUAAUGCAUUUUUGUCUGGAAAUGAUAUAAAAUCCUUAGUUGUGAUACUUCAACAAAUAUGUAAUGGCUUCUCACGUUUGUCAUUAGUUACUUCACCAGAAUCAGCAAAAUAUUCAAAUGAUAAAUUUGUUCCAAGUUCUGAUACUGAGGAACAAAUAAUUGAAAUGAAAGAAUUUAUUGGUCAGGUAGUUAGUAAUAUAGUGAAUAAACUACAGAAAAGCUCAGGGGCUACACAAAUUACUCAAGAAUUACUGGAGGCAUUAUAUGAAAAAGGUUUGGGUUUAAGUUCUCGUUCUGCAGAACAGAUUCAACAACAUUUACAAAGCAAGCUCACGUUUGAAAUUUCUAACUUAUUGGAAAAUUUAACUGAUUCAUCUUUAACUCGUAAAGUUGAGCUUGAUGUUAAACCUGGUGGAUAUACAUUGGCAAACGUGGAUGAAAAAACAUUAGAAAAUAUUAUUAAAAAAGGAGAGUCAAGUGGUGAAACAAAAAAUGGUGCUAAAAGACAGUUGUUUAAUUUGUACUGUAAAAAUAAAAAUUUGGAAAAAGCUAUUGCCUUAAAAGAAAAAUUGGAUGCAGAAGGAUUUAACAUACCAACAGGAUCACUUGUAUUUUUAAUUGAUUUAUAUUUGAGUAAUAAUAAAUUAGAAGAAGCCAAAUAUUUAUAUCAACAACUUACAUCAGCAGACCCUAAUUUUGUUUUGGAUAAAUAUAAGAUGGUCAAAAUGGCAGAUCUUAUUGUUAAAGAUGAAAGUGUUGAAAAAGCCAUCGAAUUUUUAUCUUCAAUCAAACAGUCAGAUGAAAACAAAGAUACUUUUGUUUCAUUUCAACAUUCAAAUAACUGUUGGAAAUUAUUAAAUAACAUAGCUGACAAAGGAAAAGCAGAUGAUGUUCAAAAAGUAUUUGACUUAUUAAUAUUGAAGAAUUAUAAUACAGUGUCAAAUAUAUUAUUAGGACCAUUAAUUAAAGUUCAUAUAAUAAAUAAUGAUAUAAAAGGUGCUCUUGAUAAAUUUGAAUGGUGCUGUAAAACAUAUAGAUGCACACCUUGGAAAAAUGAAUUGGCUCUAAAGUUUAUUGAAGCAGAAGAUGCUACUUCUUUACAAAUUCUUACAGACUUGAGUACAACUGUUCAUGGUGAAAUUAACUCUCUCUAUGAUUUAAUGUUGGCAUUUGUAGAAUCAGGGCGUAUUAAGCAAGCUCGUAAAAUACUGGAGACUCCAGGAUUGAGAGCGAGACAAGACCGCUUGAAUUUAGCUUGUUCUAAAUAUGGAACAGCAGGAUCUGAGGAGUUUCUUCUUCGUUUGAUCGAAGUAACUAAAGAUGUUAACCAAUUUGAUAGAUUGGUCAUUUUUAAUGAACUUAUGGAACUAUAUAGUAAAAAAAAUAAAGUAGAUGAAGCUGUAGGUCUUUGGACUCAAAUACAAGAAGAAAAUAUUCAACCUUCUAACACUUUUAUGUGGUCAUUAAGUGAACUUUUAAAGAAAAAUAAUCGUGAAGUACCAUUUGUAGUUGAGAAACCUACAGAAGAGUCACCAAACAUACCUAGCAAUAAUAAUAAAUCUUUGAAUGUUGCAUUUGAAACAAAUUUAAACAAUAAUAAUGUUCUUAAAGCUUUUGAAGUGCGCAAUCAAAUCUAUUCAAAAGGAUAUACAGUUCAUCCUAGUAAAGAAUCUAUACUUAUUGAGCUUUUAACUCGAGAAGAUAAACUAAGUGAAGCAAUGAGAGUAACUAAAGAAAUGUUACUAAAUAAUAAACCAAUUUCAAAAAAUGUUUUAAGGUUCCUCAUUAAAAGAUUAUCGGAGGCUGGGGAAGUCGAUUCACUCAUAUUUUUGAAUGACAAAUUAUCAAAGGCAUUAUGUAAUCAGUUGACAUUAAAUAAACAUAUAUGCAAUGCUCACUUGACAAAUGGAAAAAUAAUGGAAAUGUUAAAUUCUAUUAAUAAAAGUAUUAAUGAAAAUAUUAAUGACGAAAAAAAAUUAAUGGAACUUACAAGAGCGUUGCCCGGUGGAACUAUUAUUAACAUAUUAAAAAAAGAGCCUGCUACAUUAUCUCUAAUUGAAAAUAUUGAAGCCAUAUUGAAAUCAAAAGGUAAUACUGUGUUUACCAACAGUUUAUGGUCAUACUUCAUGUUAAAUGGUGCCUAUAAUAAAGCUGAAAAAUUAAUUAGUAGUUUAGAAAAUUGUGAACGAAUUCAAUACCGUCAUAUAUUAGCUGAUAUUCGAUCAAAUAAUAAUGUUGAAUUGGGAACUAAAAUGUUAGAAAUGAUACCAAAGUUAAAGGCUUUACCUAAUAAAAAUUCUAACAAAGGAUUAAUAUACAGUGCUUUAAUUGAUGGAUAUAUUAAUAAAGAAAAUUACAUUGAAGCCAAUAAUACUUUGGAUAUGGCUUUAAAAGAAUUAAAACUUGAGGAUAUUAAUGAAUCAGCUUUAUUGAGAUUAAAAGAAAAAUUAGAAUCUAUGGGUCAAACAUUUAAACAUGAUAAUAGUAAAUUAAAGAAAAAGGUAGUGAAAAAUCGUGAACUGAAAAGUGAUAGUGAUAGUGAGUCUAGUGAUGAUGAUAAGACUUCAAAAUUUAAUUGAAAUUAAAAUUAAUUCCAAAGUAGUUGAGAAAUUCUUAUAUUGUGUAUUCUAUAUACAAAUUUGUGUAAAUAUAUAGUUUGAAAUUUUUUUUAAUAAUUUGUUUUCCUUCUAAAUUCUGUUGUAAUAAAAAAAAAAGUAAAAGUAUAACAAUAAUAAUGACAUCUAUUAUUUUUUUUCCUA